UCCCACCUCCACUCCUCUCCUCUUCCUGAUUGCCUUUCCCUCUCUUCCUCCAGGGAUUUUUCUCUUUCUCUCGUCACCAACCAGAGAAAAGCUUAUAUCUUACCGAAAAAGAGAGAAGCUUAUAGCAACUCAUGUGUGCUCCUCCCUAAAGGCAAAUUGGAUCCCUCAUUGCCUUCUUUUUCUUCUUUUCUUUCUUUUGUGAAUACAAGCUCCACUUCCUAUCAGCCCAGCUGAUAAAUGAGCCCUUUCUGUUUCCUCCCCCCAAUAAAAUAAACACACCCAUGUAGCCACUCUUCUUCUCUCCUCCACUGAAAGAAAUUAGCAUCUCUCUCUCUCUCUCUCUCACAUAUGCACAAGCUAUCUAUCCAUGCACUCAAGCCUCCAAUGUCCUCUACUUCCAAAACAAGAAAUAUCCACCAACCAAGGCAAGAAGCACCGAAGCUUUCAUCUCUAAGACAAAUGAAUAUCCUUCAUUUACCUAAUUGCUAGCUUCUUCCCCACCCCGUUCAACACCAACACCAAAAGGUUCCCGAUUUUAUCCGAACUUCUCCCACUAGAUAACAUACAAACCCACAAAAGAGCUCGCUUUUUGACACCAAUGGCCGAUCACCACAACACCUCGGAGCCCGAAAGCAGUGCCAAUUCCAUGUCAUCCCUCUCCUCUCCUUACUCCUCCUCCUCCUCCUCCCUCUCCCUCUCCCACACCACUCAGAAUCCACUGCCGGAGACUUUGAAGGGCAUUCCCAACCCCUCUCCCGAGUCCAACAAGGGCGGUGGCGGGAAGCGCGUGCGGGACAGUAGCAGGCAUCCGGUGUACCGCGGGGUCCGCAUGCGUAACUGGGGGAAGUGGGUGUCCGAGAUUCGGGAGCCCCGCAAGAAGUCGCGCAUCUGGCUGGGGACCUUCCCGACGCCGGAAAUGGCGGCGCGAGCCCACGACGUCGCCGCCCUCAGCAUCAAGGGCGCUUCCGCCAUCCUCAACUUCCCCGAGCUCGCCGGCUCCCUCCCCCGCCCGGCCACCCUCUCCCCGCGCGACGUCCAGGCGGCCGCAGCCAAGGCGGCCGCCAUGGACCCCACCGUCAUGACGGAGGAGGCGACCGAGGCCCUGGCUUCACCGGCGACCCCCGAGGAGCUGGGGGAGAUCGUGGAGCUGCCCCGCCUCGAUGGUUCCUUCCUCGACUCGGCCGACUCGGGGGGCGAGUUCGUGUACCACGACUCGGUCAACUCGUGGGCCGACCCGCUCCCGUGGGCGGCGGAGGGCGCCGACGAGUAUGGGUUCUCCUUGGAUCAGACGUGGGGGCCGUCGGACGGAUUGGUUCCGACCAGCUUUGAAGCUCUAUUGUGGAAUUACUAGAUGGUAGAGAGCCAGCUCCAAGAGCUUUGCAAUCUCUCUCUCUCUCUUCCGGCAUAUUAUACCGUAUGUUUUAUGUACCAUAUGGCCGUACAUCAUACCAAUCAUUUCCUCUCCUUCCCAUGGGCUACAUUGGUGCGGUGUACAGCCACAUUGGCGCACUCGGUUAGGAUAUAAUUUCUCCGUUCUUUCCUUGCAAUGACCCUUUUAUUUUUAAUGGGGAUGAGAGGGUUUUUUAUACAUAAUUCACUCUUCUCCUCUUUUAUGUUUCUUUUUUUUCUUUUUUUUUGUAAUUUUUCCUUUUAGUUUUUCAUCUUAAUCAAAUUGGGCCUGAUGUGGUAAA